CUUGCCUCUCUUCAUUUUCGCCAGCGUAACUGGGUACCGAGCAUUUUACACUUGGUCGGAUCCUAGAAUUAUGAGACGGGGGCUCUAAGUUUUGGUGAUCGCUUCUGUUGUAGGCAGUUGCUGACUCACCGUUGUACCGCAUUGGACUGAUUGUCUCCCCCUCGCGACGUACUAUGCCUGGUGUUACUAACGUCACCUCAAAGGAGCAGUGGGCGGAGAUCCUCGCGGGUGCUAACGAUGACGGCAGAACGGUCAUCGUCAAUUUUACCACGCAACGGUGCGGCGCUAGCAAGAUGAUCAGUCCUACUUUUGAGGGCUUCUCGAAUAAAUACACCGAUCUCGUCUUCCUUCAAGUCGAUGUCGACACUGUUGAGAACGUAGCAGAAGAGUGCAGCAUCUCCGCGACGCCGACCUUCCAGGUUUUUCAGGGUGGGGUGAAGGUGGCUGAACUUGUAGGGGCGAGGAAGGAGAACCUUGAAGCGUUUAUUAAGAGGAACAACUAAGACAUUGUUUUGGACCAAGUCAGGAGUCUUUGGGAAGGAUUCGAGUUACUGGUAAAAAUAUUUUGCAGCGGGCUGCUGGUGGUGUUUUUGGUAGUUCACAGGAUGCUAUGACCUGCUAAAAGGUAGUUUUUUGCCCCUAAGACCCUUCUCUCCAUCUCAUACUCCUUGCACUCAGGUUC